UGACCCCUCACCCUUAGCUGGGUGACCUUCCCAAGAUGGCGUCUUUCCUGUUCCAUUGGCGACGUCAGCAAAGGUUUUCUGGCCUCAGCGGCUUGCUCUGGGAUUGAAGGCGACAGUCAGCCCGGAGAGGAGGCGGGUCUGGGUGAGAAAUCGCUUUAUGCCCGAUACGAAGACGUUUUACUUGGGUGAGAGGGGAGCGGAUUGGAGUGCGGCGUUAGGCCGGAGGGUGAUGGUUGACUCUGGGUCCGCUGCUCUCCCUGAGUGAGGCUCUGGUUUCACUGAGGCCCCGUCAGGCGCUGUGAAAGAUGUCAGGAGCAUUCCCGACAAACGCAGCUGGUUCCUCCGCCCUAGUCCUGGACAAUAUUCUUAUUUAUCCUUCAAACAACAUCAUUUCCUAGGGUCGUAUUAAACCUAAUAUCUGAACUUUACGAAUUAUUGUUUUGGGGACUUUGUUAAACAGAAAUUGUUCCCUACAGCAAUAAAUCGACCUCGAAAAGUACUUCAUUGUCUUCAGAACACUUCGAGAAAUCCUGAGUUCAUGACAGGCGUCGGAAAUAAGUGACUUUUGAAGAUAGUCAGAAUUUGUAUUUCGUUAUACAGCGCAUUUCGUAACAUUCCCAAGCGCUUUACAAAAAUUAAAGUGCAUAAUAACAACGUAGGAAGCACCAGCAAAAUCGCAUACAAUGGGCUCCUUGCUUUGAGAUCUUCUCUGAACAGAAAUGGAGAAGUUUGGUGUGAACUUUGGUGGCCCCAGUAAGAAAGAACUUUUGGAUACAAUUGAGACACAAAAGAAGCAACUGUUCCAAUACCAGACACGUCUCCGAGAUGUUGUCAGUGCUUACAAAAGCCUCCUCAAAGAAAAGGAGGCAUUAGAGGCCAGUUUGAAAGUCCUCUCUGUGUCACAAGAGGUGGAUAAAAGUUUACAGAACUUAGGUCCUGGAAGUACAACCUCUGAACCCGGAGAUGACCAAAGCUCAGUUCAUAGUGAGGACAGUGUGGGGACAAUGAAUAGUAUGGAUGCAGCAGCAAGCACCAAAGGAGAAUUGAAUGAGGAGGACAAAGGGUCAGUUGAACAUGUGGCUGGAGGAAACUCUUCCCCAAAAUCUGAAGAAGCUAAUGGUUCAGAAAGCGGCAUCAGUGUUGGAAGUGGUGAGCAGCAAAGCCUCAGUGACACAGAUAAAAUUGUGCAGUUGAAGAGUCAGUUGGCAACACUGACCAAUUCUUUGGCUACAGUCACACAGGAGAAAUCACGCAUGGAGGCAUCCUAUUUAACAGACAAAAAAAAAAUGAGGCAGGAGCUAGAAGUCUUGACCCAAAAGUUUGAAGAAGAAAAUGCCAACUAUGAAGCAGAGAUUAAUAAAGUCCAGGAACAACUCGCAGAGGCCAAAGCUCGCAUCAUUACCCAGCAGCAUGAACGAAGCCGGGAACAGAGUGAUCAUGCCUCAAUGCUCCAUGAACUUCAAAAGUUGUUGCAGGAAGAGAGAGCUAUACGUCAAGAUGUAGAACUGAAAUUAGAAGAUACGAGAGAUAUGUUGACAUCAAAAAGCCAUGCAGCAGACAGGGUGGAUGACUGUGAGUCUCAAAUGAAGCAUCUGAGUCGGGAAGUAGAUGAGGUGAAGUGUGCAUUACGGCUUGCUGAAGAAGAGAAGACAAGACCAGACCCACGUAUAAAGGAAUUGGAAGAAGAAAUAAAUGAGACAAAGGCUCGUUAUCAAGCACAGCUUCAACUGGAAAUGAAAAAGGCUGCACAGGCACAGGAACAGCUGCAUCACUUGUCUCAAGUGGAGGAAGAACGUGUUGCAAAUUUGGAAAGCAGAGUCUCUGAGCUUUCAGAUCUCCUUGGCACAUAUGACAAGAGUAAACAGAAAGACAAAAUGACAAUUUACAAAUUGAAGGAACGUAUAAUUCAGUUGGAUAUGGAAAACAAGACAUUGGCUAUUGCUGCUUCCAAUAGAGCCCCUUCAGAUCUAACAAUAGAUGAAUCAAAUCUUGAUGUUAAUAUUUUAAGAGACAAAAUGGAAAAGCUGAAGCGACUAUUGGUAUUGGCAAUCCAGAAAUCACAGGAACCCUUAGAUGUAGAGAAGCUUUGUGAAGUUGAUAUGGCAGAUACACCUGAAACAUCAGAUGGUGAGAAGGCCUCCGUUUUCUAUUAUCAACAAGAGUUGAAACAGCUGAAGGAAGAGUUUGAACGCUACAAGAUGAGGGCUCAAGUUGUUCUCAAAAACAAGAAUGCCAAAGAUGGCAGUACAACCAAAGAGCUGGAGAGUUUGCGCGAACAGCUGGCAGAGCUGAAGGAGAAGUAUAUUACCCAGCGACUAGCGUUUGAUGAAAUGGAAACCAAACACAAAGCUGAGAUUGAAGCAAAGAAUCUAGACAUCAGCCAACUCCAAGCAACUCACAAGAAAGAAAUAGAAAAGCUAGAGGGCCAGUGUCACGAGAGAGUUAUUAAACUGGAAGAAGAAAUGCAUAAACAUAGAGACAGAGCUCUUGCAGUCUUGGCUGAGAAAGAUAGAGACACCGAAACUCUACGUUCAGGCUUUAGUGGGCUACCUAAUCAUAGAAAUGGUCUUGAGAGCAGGUUUUGGUCUGAUGGGGAAGUUCCUCGGAAUACAGAUCACCCUCAAGAUUUCUGUCAAGAUAUUCUAAAACAGACAGCCAAUUUUUCAGGAUCCAAUGAACCCACUUUUCUUCACUAUGCAGAACAGUUAGCUCGAAAGGAGCUUGAGGUCACAACACUGAGAAAACAGAAACACCAAAUAGAAGCUGUGGUUCAUGAACUGGAGGAUAGACUUCUGAUGGAGAAGGAACGACACAAAGAAGAAAUAGAAGUUCUUCAAGAUGAGAUACAAAAACAUCUCAGAGACAAGAAACGUGAAGGAGCAAACCUAGAGUAUGUAAAAAAUGUAACAUACAGGUUUCUAACCAUGCCAGAUGCCCUGGGGCGCCAGCAGACAUUAACUGCUAUUCUCACAGUGUUGCACUUUAGUCCUCAGGAGAAGCAAAAUGUAAUGAAACAGCAGGCAAGCAGCUGGUGGGGUUCUGGCAAAAGAUGAUUUACACACCACUUAUUCUGGACCAUGAUAAUUGUUAUUUGGUUAUUUAAUAGAAAAUGCACUUUUUCAGAUAUUUCUUACUAAUAGAGUUUUAUAGUCGGGCAUUUAUUUCUGUAAACACUAGCUGUACUAUAGUUUAGUGUCACUGCCAUUGCCAAAAAACAAAAUCCUUCUAAUGCACAUCUAUCUGCCUAAUCUGGCAACAGUACUCUAGUUCAUAAUGUGACAUUGGAAUAGUAUGUAAACUAGUUAUAUCUAUAUACCAAUUUUGUGAGGAUUAAGGACAUAAAACAACUCUUGAAAGAAACUAAUUUGCUUUAAUAAAGUUUCUCUAAGACCUUUAAAUUCAACUGCCAA